CGCGAGUUCCGGUGCAGCAGGGUCGGUUGGCGACAGGCGACUGCCUUUGUCUCGUCCUCUCUCCUCUCUGCCACCAUGCCAGCACCUAAUCAACCAUCGUCGAGGACGGUUUCGGCGUCCAGCACAUCUAGAAAGCUACAAGAAGACGAUGAUUCCCGCCCCUAUGUCAUCGUCAACGAGAUAGGCAAGGGCUCGUUUGCGACAGUCUACAAAGGGUACCAUGAGCUUAAUCACCAUCAAGUCGCCAUUAAGGCCGUCCGCAGCGAAGGUCUCAAGCCGAAGCUCCUCGAUAACCUCCAGAUGGAAAUAGAAAUCCUCAAGUCACUCUCACAUAGACAUAUUACGAAGCUCCUAGACAUUGUUCGAGCGGAACGAAACAUAUAUCUCAUCAUGGAGUACUGCGCCGGCGGUGACCUCACAAAUUAUAUCAAGAAGCGUGGCCGCGUCGAGGGAUUGGAAUACUCGCCAAGUCCAGGUGCAGCCCUUCAAUACUACCCACAUCCCAAGACAGGAGGACUUGACGAGAUUGUCGUUCGGAGUUUUCUGAGGCAGCUUGCUCGGGCUCUCAAGUUCUUACGACAUCGUAACCUCAUACACAGAGAUAUAAAACCACAGAAUCUCUUGCUUAACCCCGCAUCUCCGGAAGAGCUCGCGAAAGGCCAUCCCAUCGGUGUACCAAUACUGAAAGUCGCCGACUUCGGUUUUGCUCGCUCACUUCCAAAUGCAAUGAUGGCAGAGACACUGUGUGGUUCACCGCUAUACAUGGCACCGGAGAUUCUUCGAUACGAAAAAUACGAUGCGAAAGCUGACCUGUGGUCAGUCGGAGCAGUCCUGUACGAGAUGUCGGUUGGCAAACCUCCGUUCCGCGCGGCGAACCAUGUCGAGUUACUUCGGAAGAUCGAGGCUAGUCGAGGUGUUCGAUUUCCAGAUGAGGAGGCAUCCUCGAAAUCUGCUGCCACCAAUGGUGCCGUCCGGGAUGACACGCCGGCUGCGAACCAAGCUCAAGUGGUCCCAAGUGACGUCAAGAAACUCAUUCGUAUGCUCCUCAAACGGCAACCAGCCGAACGUGCAUCAUAUGAAGAGUUUUUCAAGAGCACAGCACUUGCACGGUCCAAGUUUCCCCGUCCCGACGCAGUGAGCCAACAGCCGUCGACCUCCGGUGCAUCCCCGUCGCAGGCACCCAUGAUCCCCAAUACGCCGAAUAAGUCAGCACCGCCAGAAGACGAGUCUGAAGCGCAAGAAGGUGGAAUUCCUGCUGGUCACCGAAUUAUUCCUCCUGAGGUCCUCGACCCGAAAAUCCUGAUGCCGCCGAGCAAGUUCCACUUUCGGAAACGGUCAGCGGAACAGAAGGGGAUGGAAGGCCAAUCUCCUCCCGGACAAGCCCACGAUCGAGAUAUGGACCCUGAGCCUAACGGACAGCCUCACCACCGCCAGGAGAAGCUUGCAAGGCCAGAAGUCAAGAGGAAGCCGAAACCGCUCUCGAGUGAGGGUUCGAUCAUUCCGGGCGAAUCAGAGGAGGAUGGGCUGCUUAGACGGGAGUACGUUCUUGUGGGCGACGUGAGGGCUUUGGAGGUUGAUCGGGCUGGUGAGGACCUCGGCAAUGCUCGACAUCGUCCACCCAACCAGCGCGUUGUGACCUUGCCUGCAAUUGCAUCCCCUGUUUCCGCUGGGUUUCCCAAUUCACCUACAGCAGCAGCAGUGGCACAUGUCCCAAUGUCUAGUUCGCCCCUCACCGCCCCUCCUCUCACGCAUGCGACGACCCUACCUUCCACGCCAACCACCUUCCCGCCAGCGCCUAAUCCUAUCAGCACAUCGCCGCCAAACUUGAUCCCAAGCUCUAGUCCCACAAGCGCCCUGAGUAGGGCUCUGAGUCUCGCAUAUCGCAAGCUCGUUGGCACAACCACCCCUCGUUAUCCCGCACCUGGCCGCGUCUCAGACGAUGGAGCAGGUGAGGGCAUGUAUAGGACACCAUCGGGUGAGCCGAGACGAAGACCGAUAUUGGUGAGGACGCCGCCAGAGGCUUCGGAGAGCGAGCUCAACGGCGACGGAUCAGGAAGUGGAGGUGGAAGCGGUGGCGAGAAAGGGGACGAGAUGAUUGGAGGAGCACUCAACGACGACGAAGCAUUGUGGUCUGCGAAAGGGAAGGAACAGGAGAGCGGGGAGGAGGCGUUGCUUGCGUGGCUGGAGAACCUGGCGCAGAAGACGGACGUGCUGGCACAUUGGGCGGACGAGAUGUAUGAGUUCGUUAAGGCUGUGCCUCAGAAGCCGCUCCCUGAUCCUGCGACAGGCGGUACACGCGCAAUGAAGCAGGCCGAACUCGCAGUAACGUGCAUUGCGAUAUACAUCCUGCUCAUGUCGUUCGUGCAGCGAGGCAUCGACAAGCUGGUUGCGUACCGCCAGCAGCUUAUUGCGGACGGGGAUGGCAACGUGAGCGAUGGUUUUCGAGACGCCUUGACAUGGUUCAAGGAACAGUUCAUCAGGUGCAAUGACCGCGCGACGCUCGUCAAGACGUGGCUUCCAGCGCAGUAUGACGGGCCGAAAAUGUGGGUCGAUCAGCUUGUGUAUGACCGUGCCUUAAUGCUCAGUCGCACUGCUGCGCGCAAGGAGCUGACCGACCAGGCAAGCAAGCCCGACGAGUGCGAGAAACUCUACGAGGAGUCUCUCUGGUGCUUGUAUGCGCUUCAGGAUGAGCUGCAGAGCGGGAACGACUUUGCGGAGGAGGAUAGGAAGACUAUUGCUACUUGGAUAACGCGCACGAAGCUCCGACUGGUUCGGUGUCGCGCGCGGAUGAACAUGACCGACAAGGAGCGCAUGCGCGACGCACUCGCGGACCAGAACCUCGUCGAUGCGCGGUACCCGCCACCGUGGGACCUGCAGGCGAUCGACGAAAUGGAGCGGUUGCAGCGCAAGAAAGCGCCGGCUUUGCCGAGUGGGCGAUAGCCGACGAAUGCCUGGUUAUGUUUUCACUCAUGUUUCGUCGCUCUACUUUUCUUUUUUCUUCUGGUUCAUUUGUACAUAUACCUGGACUUUCAUGGCAUCUGGUCAAUUUGGCUAACUUCGUUAUUAACCUGUACCCAUCAACUGUAUCAUUAUCAGUGC